AUCACACUACUUCAUUGUCCUUAAGUUGACGCUAGUCUUCAUCUCACUGGAUCAAACAUGCCUUUGUCCGGACACUGUCUCUGUAAAGCUGUCACCUAUACGGUUGACGUCGAUCAGCCGGCGCUGACAGCGUACGAUCACUGCGAUGACUGCCAACGCCAGAGUGGCUCUACUUACUCUCUCGUCGCUGUGGUCCCGAAAGAUAAGCUGAGCAUCAAGGGCCCCAUCAAGAGCUGGGCUGGUGUAGGAUCUUCAGGAAAGAAGGUCCACCGUGUCUUCUGCUCCGAAUGUGGGUCACCUAUCGCCCACGAUCCGGAGGCUGCCCCGGAGAUCAUCGCCAUCAAAGCCGGUACUUUGGAUUCCGAGAUCAAGAAGCAGCUGAAGCCGGACACCGAAAUCUGGACCGUCAGCAAGCUCCCCUUCUGCCAGGAGCACCUCGCCAAGCCUUUCGACCAUAUGCCUGAAUAAAUGGUUGAUGUAUGGGAGAACUAUCAUGAUUGACUGCUAUGAUACGACCAGAAACUGGAUUAGAUGUUUCUGAUGAUAUUAAUAAUAAAUUGGUUUGA